AAACGGCCGAGCACAGCUAGCAGAGAUGCGGAGCUUGUACUGCAGCUUGCUGGCGCUCAUGACGCUGACGUCUUGUGCCCGGGCGGUCGUCUUCACGAGGUGCGAGCUGUACCACGAGCUGCUGCAGAGGGACUUCCCCGAGGAGCAGCUGCCGGACUGGGUGUGCCUGGUGGAGAACGAGAGUGCCCGCAACACGUCAGCGCUGAGUCCCAUCAACACCAAUGGCAGCCAGGACUUCGGACUUUUCCAGAUCAACAACCGCUAUUGGUGCGACAGUUGGAAUGGUACUGAAGGAUCCUGUCACGUCGCUUGCAAAGACCUGCUGGACGACGACAUCGCCGACGACUGCGAGUGCGCGCACCUCAUCUACUCGCGGCAGGGCUUCAACGCAUGGCACGGAUGGACCAAGCGCUGCAAGGACAAACCUCUGCCAGACCUCUCACACUGCUGAGGCUCGCUGGCCGCGGCAGUCACCCAGCCAGCCACUGGGGGAAAUUACUACAAACCGGUCCCGUGCGGGACUGCGAGAAAAAAGUUAAAAAGAAAAAAAAGAGGACGCGCACUUUCAUCGCGGCAGUCAGCGGCACGGCAUUCGAGCGAUGAACGUGCGGACACUUUAGACCUUGCCGUAUUGUAUUUUAUGUACCUGUACGUUACCUCAUCCACUGAAGAGUUCCUGAUUACUGAUCCACGUAUAAACUUUUAGGACACACGGGCACUUGUGCUUCUUCCUGUCAAACCAGCGUUACUACUACGACCUUAAAGAUACAGUGAAGACGCUGAAAAAUGUAUACAGUCUCUCAGAGAAGUUUCAGUAUACCUUCUGUAGAGCAACUACACUUAGAAAUCCUGUAAAGAAGAUUACUGCAACAACACAUUUAUCAUAUAAAUUCCCAUGGUUUAGGUACAUCGUGCUGUGUCAGUAUCAUUAGAAAUCAUAUAUAAAAACUCAACGGCUGCUUAAGACGACUAAUUCGGCGAAUAAGAAACAGAACACACAGUAGAUGUCAAAAUUGCUGUGAAUUAUAUAAACGAUCAAAAGUAUCGGUCUGGGGAUGAGCAGUGAUUCAAAGAACGUGCACUUAAUAUGCAAUACAUUAAUGCAGCUGGUAUAUCGUACUUACUGUAUAAAUGCACGUCUUACCUUAUUUCCAUCAUCUUCCUCUUCGUUACUGGAGUUAUGUCGCAGCUGAAGACUGUAAAAAAAUAAAACCGUAGCUACCCUUCAUACUCGUAUAUAUCCUAAUCGAAUCUCACAUGUUGGGAUUUGAAAAAUGUAAGUUACACGAAAAUGAUAAUGCUAGAAAUUAACACAACAAAAUCCUGUUUGAGAGGAAGUAGCAUGGUGCUCAAGAUGAAUGAUGUAUGUAUUGGAGUUAAGAGAUAGUUUAUUUUUUAUAUGUAUAGCAACUUACAAUACCAUGACAACCCGGAGCUAUGAAUUUAACGUUUUAUGGACGCAGCUGUUUUGCAUGUGUCAUAUGCAUGGAUUUAUUUAUUGUAUAACCAUAUUUCAAUAAUUUUGUUCAAUAAACGCUAUAUUGUAAAAA